AUGUUGUAUUCUGCCAUUUUAUAUCUCAUUGCAGCAUGUUGUUUUCAUAUUACACAAGCGGUUCAAUUGGGCCAAGAUGUGACAGAUCAAAACAAGUACCCAUUUUACAUCAUGAUUGGCAAUCCCCAUGUGUGUGGUGGCACACUGAUUUCGUAUGAUCCACCUCUGAUAUUAACUGCAGCACAUUGCGUGGAUGCCCCUAUUCACCCAACACAAUUCACCAAAGAUAAAAACCCCUACUUUGCCCUGUACAAUGACAUUCAUCGCGACGAACAGAAAGCAAUGGCUAUUGUUGAUUGGACGAUUCACCCUCUUUACAACGUUUCAGGCACACUCAAUGUGCGAUAUGAUGCCGCCAUUGUUCAACUCGAGUCGCCGUUACGGAAAUCUGCUCGCAUAAAAAGAGCGCCAUUCUGGUCUCCCUCCAUGUCCUUGCCAUUACCAAGCAAAGCCGAAUUGGUGGGUUUCGGUUACUCGGAUUUAAAAGGACAUUUAGCAGACACCCUGCAGCUGUUGCCUUUGGACAUCACCAAAUUCGAUCCCAAUAGCACUGACUACAUUGAAAGCAGAUCAGAUACAGAAAACCGUGUUGCGUGCCAUGGCGAUUCAGGUGGACCUCUCGUUGUAUACCAUCCUGUUCUUAAUCCAAAAACAAAUCACACGGUAACUGUGCCAUUCGUCUUGGGUGAUCUGACCCGUAUAUUCGGUGCUCGCGAUGCCAAACCAGAUCAGCUUACAUGCCCUGUGGCAUUGACUACCCACGUCAAUGGCACGCAAAAUACCGUGAUUGAAGUCUUUACCAAUGCUGCCGGCCUGCUGGACUGGAUAUCUUCGAUUUCUGGCAUCUCAAGAGACGACCUGUCGAGUCCCUUCUAUUCGCCACCCCAUCCACCUUGCAAGAAUUGCGGCAUCAAUGCAGUGGGCAAAGGCAAAACAAACACCUCCAAAAGCAAUAACAGCGAUGACAGCUUUUACAAUGUUGAUGACGAUGAUGAAGUGGACGAUGACACAGAAACUGCCAGCGAUGUCCAUCCACAUUCUCCUUGGCGCAUUGGCGUGGUGGCAGAUGAGAAUGGACUCCUGGACACUGAAGAAGCACAGCACUUUUGGAUUGGAUCCAUGGUCAAGAACUUUCUUCUCAAGACGGAUUCUCAGGAAUCAACCGCUGUUUCGUUAGUUCAAACAUUAUACUCUACCAUGUUUUUCACAGCAUGCAUGCUGCUUUCUACUUUUAUCACACUUACAUAG